UGUAAAUAAGAAUGUGUUCUUCAACUGGCUUGCCUAGUUAAAUAAAGGUUACAUUUUCAAGAACAUAAGUAGCUGUACUCUUAUAGCCUAGAAUUAUAUAUCAAAUCGUUUGUUUCUUUAGCGCCACAUUUUGUUCACUAUCAUUAUCAUCCCAAAAUGGUUACAUUUUCUAUCCUAGGCUCCUACUACAUACCAGGCCUCAUUAAUUAGUCUAGGAACGAAGCUAUGCAAAAUAUCUCCACUCAAGAUUAGAAUCGAAUGAGAGAAGUGCCCCCACUUCAUGGGGGUACAGUUUAAUUAGGUGAAGGUUCUUUGUCGGAAAUUUAAAAUCUGAUUAGCCUGGCUCGUUCUCGUUCACGAACAGACGGGGAUUACCAAAGCCCCUCUUACUAUUGUAAAGCAUACGUCAGCAAAAUAAAAAGACUAUCCACCCAUUUCUACAGCGGAUAAAUACAGCCCAGACAUAGCCUACUACAACACCUCACCCAGGCUACACCAGACGUAUCCUAGUCCUAAAUGUGAAUACCGCAGGUAAUUCCACGUAUUGUUUACGAUUCAUCUCCGCUGCAUGUGGAGUGUGAGUGUGGACACCUAGAAAUAUGUUGACUGAGUCACUGCUGCCACGACGCUGACACAUUCCAGGAGAGGAGGACUGUCCGGGCUGCCUCUCUUCUGAUAAGCAUCCUAUGGUAUUCUGUACAAGUCAAGAUGGCGGUGUCGGCAACGGAAAGGGACGCAAUAAAUACUGAAGAUGACCAUCACAACGAUUCGUUCGGGAACCCCGGGCUUAUCUCGCCGGAUAGGGAGGACAUUACACGGCUUCUGAAGGUGCCAUUCACCGGCCGCAUCAGAGGUGGUAUGAGGCCUGGGAAAAAGGUCAUUGUCAUGGGCAUUGUUGAUCUGGAGCCUGACAGCUUUGACGUCAGCCUGACUUGCGGCCGCGGCACAGAGAAGGAGGAGCCACAGCCGGAUGUGGCCCUGAAACUCAGCGCUCGAUUCGCUGAGCGCCAGUUUCUGCGUAACUCCUGCGUCUCGGGAAAAUGGAGCGAGGAGGAGAAGUCUAUCGACUACUUCCCCUUCAUCCCUGACCAGCCCUUUAGGAUGGAGAUCCACUGCGAACACACGCGCUUCCGGAUAUUUGUGGAUGGAAAUCCGCUCUUUGACUUUUUUCACAAAGUUAAAUCUUUGCCGUCCAUCGAUACAGUGAGGAUAGAAGGGGGUCUACAGAUCACCAAGCUAGGUUAACCAACCCAGCUGCUAUGCCAGUGUGUGACAUAACAAGAACUCAAUACAGGUGAACACACACACCUGUUACUACAAUACCCACAAUGCAACACUGCAGCAACAGUGGGCCUAGUGCUUUGGAAAGGCCUCGCCCAUCCCGGUUUGGUUCUGCCGUCACUCCUCUUCUUCUUUCCUCUUUAUCUUGUCAGGUCUCAACCAAGAUCUGACGUUAUUGUGACCUUCCUAAUUGUUGGUUGAAUGGUUGCAAUGCAACACAGCUCUGUGUGUCUUUGUUCCUGAAAGAAUUCCAUUGUUUUCUUCCUCAGUUCUGUGUGUGUCAGGGAUCUCACAAUAUAAACGCCUGCUCAUGGUUACCAAGCAUCCUAUGGGGAUUUUGCUGAGAGAGGGGGCCCUAUUCCAAAUGUAAUAGGGCACUAUUGGGCACUAGAGUGCUAUUUGGGACACAGCCGUAGAGCACUCAAAAGUAUUUGCUUUCAUGUGGAGAAAUCCUACAAUUCUCAGGAGGUUUCUCAGGAAUCAACACUAUUUAUCACGUAUAACAUCAUCACUGUAAAUGAGGGUUAUCUCGUGGGGUUGACAAGCUCAGUAUUAUGGGAGCUUCCAUUUUUUUCCCUCCCUCCCUGUUCUUCAAUUGGGUUUUAUUGGUUGGUUGGUUGUCAUGGUUAUUGGCAUCCUAACUCAAUGACCUACAUACAGAGUUUGCAUUCUAAAUUGCAUUCUAUUCCCUAUAUAGUGCACUACUUUGAUCAGGGCCUUAUUGGGCUCUGGCCAAAACUAUUGCACUACGUAGGGAAUAGGGUGCCAUUUGGAAAGGGAAAUGAGGAUUAUAUUGUGGAGUCUCGGCAAGAUGUACCGUAGCAGCUUUUUGAUUGAAAUGUCUUGUAUGCAAUGUAUUAAUAAUGGUGGUUCUCACUCACAGUUUCAGUUCAUUGCAACCAUUCUCCUCCUGUAGAUAUUGCACUGACAUAGAGCUAUGUGGUAGUGAAUAGAAUGUAUCGUUCAUUUGGAGCUUCGUUUACAUUGCUUAUUUAACAGUGAUGAAUGAUUGGUUAAUUUAAAGGGGUAGUUCACCACAAAAUCCAAGUUUAUCAGAUGUGUUUUAUACCUCAACUGUUCUGUGUGGAGCUAAUAAACUGGAAUUAGAGGUG